CGGACAUCGCCGCAUCGUGCAAUCGCUGCUCACGCACCAAACACCGGCAUAGACGAGCAGCACGUCUAUGUCCUCACGCUCGCGCUAUCCCCCUCCAUCGCCGUCCCCCUCGACCAGAUGCGCGACGAAUACUUCCCGCGCCAUCUCAACCGCACGCCCGCACACAUCACCCUCUUCCACGCCCUGCCGCACUCCCAGCUCGACGCCAUCGACGCCGACCUCACGCGUCUGACCAGCCGCACACGACCCUACCACAUCAGCACGGGCACGCCGUUCCGGCUAAAACGCGGUGUCGCGGUGCUGCUGGGCACGGGGGAGGAGUGUUCCCAGGCGCUGCGGGAAGAGCUGCGGUCCAAAUGGGCUGCUUUCUUGUCGCAGCAGGAUAGUCGGUCCCGGGGGUGGCAGCCGCACUGGACGGUGCAGAACAAAGUUGAGGAGGAGAAGAAAGUCGUGUCCGCAUACAAUACCCUCCGCAGAAUUCUCUACGAGGAAACGCACUAUGGGAAGGCGCUGGGGUUCGAUCUGUGG